CUUUCAGUAUCACUGUAGCUAAAAAGAACAAACUGAUGAAAGCAAGCUAAUGUUGUGCGUUAAACUUCUUGAAAAGAAGGUAGUCAAAUAUAGCAGUGCGUGGAACACAAGUAUAAAUGAUUCGAAUUGAAUUGUUAAAAAAUUUUACUUAAAGAAUUGAAAAAUCCUUCGUAUUUUGUAAGAAUGUGGCAUCGACAGUAUCUUUCUAGAGGGAGGUCCGCCGGUCAACGAGCUAUUAGGGAAGAAGAACGCACGCAAUCAUCUUAUUCUGGACAAGAAAGGACUCCAAUACGUGGCAAAAAACGUGGACAUCCUCCUGGACUCAGAGGAAAAGAAAUAGGACUGUAUUAUAGAGAUAGAAAUAGGGAGAAAGCAAAACAUGCAAAUGAAAAUAGCCCAGUUCUCAAGUUAUCCUCUUAUUUGAGUGACAGAAUUAAAACCAUUUUAAAUAUUUCAAAACUUUCCUGUGAAUCUCCCUCAGAUGCCGAUGAAAAGCCGGAGUCUCAAAACAAUUAUCGUCACAUCUCUGAUUCUCAAUUCAAGAGGAAAUUUUUAGAAAUCGUAAAUGGUAAUAUUCAGUCCAAUAUCGCCAUGGCUUUGAAUAUGGAAUCCAAAUUGCAGAGGACUUGCUACUUAGAUAAAGCAUUACAAGCCGAAUAUGAUGAUAAGCAAGAUCAAACUGAGUAUAAAAACAUGUUGAAAUUUCGAUCGAAGUUACCAGCUUACCAGAAAAGAUCGGAAAUAUUACAGUUAAUUCAAGAUAAUCAAGUUGUUGUUAUUAGUGGAGAAACUGGAUGUGGUAAAACAACACAGGUUGCACAGUUUAUACUGGACGAUCAGUUAAAAGCUGGAAAUGGUAGCGUUACUCGAAUAGUUUGCACACAACCUAGGAGGAUUUCUGCUAUUUCUGUUGCUGAACGUGUCGCCGCGGAAAGAGCAGAGAGACUUGGGAAAUCCGUCGGCUAUCAGAUACGACUUGAAAAAGUCGCAGCGCGAGAGCAAGGCAGCAUAUUAUUUUGCACCACCGGUGUAUUAUUACAAUUCAUGAAAACCGAUCCAGCGUUGAGAAAUUUUUCUCACGUGAUAUUGGACGAGAUUCAUGAACGUUCCACGGAAAGUGAUUUCGUCAUCACAUUAUUGAAACAAGUUAUCCCGAAAAGAUCAGACUUGAAACUUCUCCUGAUGAGCGCGACAUUGAAUUCUGAAAGAUUUUCAACAUAUUAUAAUAGAUGUCCAAUGAUACACAUACCAGGAUUCACUUAUCCAGUAGAAGAAUUUUAUUUAGAAGAUAUUUUAUCGUUCAUUGACUUUAAAUUUAAAGAGCCAAAACCAGAACCUGUAGGUUAUAAGAGACAUUUGAAAAGAUAUAAAGAAUUGCAAAAUAAAAAGGAUGAAUUUAUGGAUAUGAUACAGCCUUACACCAGGCAACUUAUAACUGAGAAAAAAUACUCAAGACAAGUUAUUGAUCAAAUACGGAAUUCGAGUAGUGAGGAACUUUCGUUGGAACUUAUAGAAAGAUUAGUUCGACACAUCUGUUAUACAAAAGGUCCGGGAGCUAUUCUUAUUUUUCUACCUGGUAUGAUGGAUAUAAUAACGUUAAAUAGAAUGAUGGUAGGAUCCAGGCACUAUCCCGAUCGCAACUACAUCAUCUAUCCGCUUCACUCGCGCAUGCCAACGGUCGAUCAGAAACUUAUAUUUCAAGAACCGCCUAAUGGCAUUCGUAAAAUAAUUAUUGCCACGUCGAUCGCCGAGACGUCGAUAACCAUAGAGGACGUGGUGUACGUGAUCGAUUGCGGGAAAAUGAAACUCGGCAGAUUCGACGUGGAUAAAAAUAUUCAGACCUUAGAACCCGAGUGGGUGUCUUUAGCUAAUGCCAAACAAAGGCGCGGCAGGGCGGGCAGGGUUAAGAGCGGGGAGUGUUAUCAUAUGUAUACGAGAGCGCGGGAAAUGUUGCUCGAUCAUUAUCCACUGCCGGAAAUGUUGAGAACUCGUUUGGAAGAGGUAAUCUUGCAAAUAAAAAUCCUGCAGUUAGGAAAAGCCAAAGAGUUCCUAGCUGACGUUAUGGAUCCGCCGGAUCUGAAAGCUAUUGAUCUGUCUCUCGAAUUGCUCAGGACGCUCAAUGCCCUCGACCAAUACGAGCAUUUGACACCUUUGGGUUAUCACUUAGCGCAUCUGCCGCUUGAUCCUCGAACAGGAAAGAUGAUUCUCUGGGCGGCGCUGUUUUCCUGCGCCGAGCCGAUAUUCGCCAUCGCGGCCAGUCUCACGUUUAAAGACGCUUUCUACUGUCCAAUGGGAAAAGAGGAGGAAGCCAAUAUGAAGAAAUUGGAGCUUAGCAUGGAGCAAUAUAGCGACCACAUGGCGCUCGCCGAAGCUCUACGGAGAUUCGAGCUGGCGUACCAGCGAGGAGACGCCGGUCGAUUUUGCCGGGAGUACUUUCUCUCUUACAAUACUUUGAAGCUCCUCUCCGAGAUGAAAACCGACUUCGCCCGAUACUUGUACGAGAUGAAGUUUCUGGACAGUAAAAAUCCGAACGAUAUGAACGCUAACAGAAAUUCGAAUAACAUGGCCUUGAUAAAGGCCAUCGUCUGCGCCGGAUUGUAUCCUAAUAUCGCCGUCGUCAGACGAGCUACGAAACAGGGAGUUAUCGGCUGGACGCCGGAGGACGGCACUGUACGUACGCAUCCGUCGAGCGUAAACAACAGGAACGCCAAUUUUCCCAGCCGUUAUUUCACGUAUUUCACGAAGCAACGCUCCACCGCCAUAUUCUUGCACGACACCACGUGCGUGAGCAUACCGAUUUUGUUGUUCGCCAGGCCGAAUAUGUUGAUAAAACGAGAAAAGGGGAAGUGCAUGAUAAGUUUCAUCUUUUCCGAUAAUAUUGCUUGCGAACCAGAUACGGCGGAAGUGAUACAGGAUCUUCACGAAGCUCUGAAUACUUUACUGGAGUACAAGGUGAUGCAUCCGGCAACGGUGUCCUGGUCGUCGGCCGAAGGACAAUUGCUCAAAGCGAUCAUUGAGCUGGUGUCCCAAAAGGACGAAGAGAUAGGCUUUGGCGAUGAUACGGCUAGCAAAAGCUUUGAUAAUUACGAUGAGCCCGAUACCCAUUGACAAUAGCUCUGGUUAAUGUUAUGUUGUGAUCGAAAACUGUCGAUUAAUUUAUUUCUUAUAUCUUAUGAAUUAUGACUUCAUUUUUCUUUUUGCAUUCAUUGUAUUAUAUCAAUUGUCGUUUAGGGAGUUGCGCGAUUUUCUCGUGAUUUUCUGCCCGGAGGUGUAUAAAAUAAUGCACGAAUCGUUAAAAAAUUCACAUCAGCCUAACAACACCUCUCCCCACCGGUGUUAAAUCUUCGCGGCAUACGCUUGUUCGUUAUUAUCGAGUAAACGUACUGUUUAACAUAUAAUGAAAAAAAGUAACUCCAAUAUAAAUGCCGGGCGUAAAUACACGCAAUGUCACAAGAUAAUGACGUGUUAACGUUAAAAUACUUAUUUAUGUGUACAUGUGUCGCAAUCCACUGUAGAACACUAUUGCCUCGUGAUACAUUUAGAGUAACCGUUGAACUGAGUACAAAUAAAAUACAGUUCUCUUUCUAUACA